AUGUUGUCUCGUCUCACAAUGACCGUUCCAAAAAUGGUGACUCUCACCUCAGGAGUCCGAUAUUUCGCCAGUUCAACUGUCAAAUCAGCUCGGUAUGGAGGAAAUCCAACUGGAUUCGGCUCCAGAAUUAAUCAAGGAUUCGGAGUGAAAACCGGACCAACACUCAAAGAACGGCUUCUCGGGCCAACUACUGGAAAACCAUUCCUUUACGGAACAUAUGCUCUCGCUGGAGCAUCAGUUUUCGGAGUUGCCGCCCUCAUGUAUUACGGACUUAUCUCAAAAGAACAAAGUAUCCUCCAAAAAAGUGCAAUUUGGCCAACAUAUGUUCGAGAAAGAAUCAGCUCCACUUACACAUAUUUGGCUGGAAGUAUUGCUUUAACUGCCGUCAGUGGAGUCGCUGCCUCCAGAAGUCCCGCUUUGAUGAGAUUGACCGCUGGUGGAGGUCUUAUGUCUCUCUUCGGUACAAUGGCUGUAAUGAUUGGUACUGGAAUGCUCGCCAGAUCAAUUGAUUAUGACAGCACACUUGUGAAACAUCUAGCAUGGGCUCUUCAUUGUGGUGUAAUGGGAGCCGUCCUCGCCCCACUCUGCUUCAUGGGAGGUCCAAUUCUCACUCGUGCUGCUUGGUAUACUGCUGGAAUUGUUGGAGGACUCUCCGCUACUGCUAUCACUGCUCCAUCUGAGAAAUUCUUAAUGAUGUCUGGACCACUUGCCAUGGGAUUCGGUGUCGUUUUCAUGGCUAACAUCGGAACUUUCUUCUUGCCACCUGGAUCCGCUCUUGGAGCAAGUCUCGCCUCGGUUGUGAUCUACGGAGGAUUGAUUCUUUUCUCUGCUUUCCUUCUCUAUGAUACCCAAAGACUUGUCAAACAAGCUGAGAAUCAUCCACACAAAUCACAAUUCUAUGGUGGAGAAUACCAAAUUAGAACUUUCGAUCCAAUCAACGCGCAAAUGUCUAUCUACAUGGACGUGCUAAACAUCUUCAUUCGACUCGUCAUGAUUAUGGGUGGAAUGAAUGGAAACAAGAGAAAGUAG